AUGGCUUUUCAACAACUUCCUCCCACUCCAGAGUCCUCCCAAAACAUACCAAUCGACUACGGAUGGACUGCAACGGUCGCUUUUCCUCCUGCUGGCCAUACAUACCAUCCAAACCAACUGGAACCAUAUCAGCAACCACAGUCACAACCAUACCUCCAGCUUCACACUCCUGCCGACACCCCCCUGGAGCCCGCCUCACCAACCACCACCACCGCAGCGCCCGCCACACGCCGCCCACGGCCCCGUCCCAAGCCAGGACGCAUCAUACACGUCGGAGCAGUAGACGGCUUCCCUCCCCGCAACGCUCCCAUUCCCACCAACCUCUCCUGCGCCGACAUCUGCCGCCAAUUCCCCAACAGUCUCUACAACGAGACCCUCGACGCCUUCCUCCAACACAACUUCAGCAGCACGCAGAUGUACGAGCUGCUCCCUGACGCCGUCAAGCAAGCAAUGCGCGCCAACCACGUUAACGCGAAGAAUCCCGCCAACGCGAUCGCAAAGCGUUUGGUCAAGCGGCGCCAGCGGCACGGAAAGAGAGGCGUGUUGGAUGAGUUGCUGGAGGGGCCGAAGCAGCGGGAGCAUGGGAUGGAAGAGGGAUGGAGGGGAAAUGGGAGGGCGGGGUUUUAUGCGCGGGAUGCUGGUGUUUUUGCUCCUGCUGAGCCUGCUUCUCCUCCUGCCCCACCACCAGCAGCUACACAGCAGCCGCAGCCGCAGCAACUUCGCCCGGUUUCUGCUCCUUUUGGCCCUCCUCUCGCUCCUCUCGCUCCUCCCACCACCUACAACAACUACGACUUCAACCCGCCCACCUACAUUAACGAGCUGCAGGAGCACCAGGACGCGGUGUGGGGCGUUCCUGCUGCUCCUGCGGCGGAGCCGGAGCUGGAUUGGGAGGCGAUGCUGGGGAGGUAUGGGUCGCAAUUCGGAGAGGCAGAGGGGGAGAAUUGGGGCUGGUAG